GGGGCCCGCGCCGCCAUAUUCCCUCCCGCCGGCCGGUUCGCGGCGCGCAGCCACCAUGAGCACCGCCGCCUUCCACAUCUCCAGCCUACUGGAGAAGAUGACGUCCAGCGACAAGGACUUCAGUCGCCCCAGGCUGCCUCCCGGCACCUCAUCAGGGCGCCUUCUCCCAUCCCUCCGUUCCCAGGUUCAUGGCCACCAGUGACCUCAUGUCGGAGCUGCAGAAGGACUCCAUCCAGCUGGAUGAAGACAGCGAGCGCAAGGUGGUGAAGAUGCUGCUCAGGCUCCUGGAAGACAAGAAUGGGGAGGUGCAGAACCUGGCGGUCAAGUGCCUGGGUCCUCUGGUGGGCAAAGUGAAGGAAUACCAGGUGGAGACCAUCGUGGAUGCUCUCUGUGCCAACAUGCGGUCAGACAAGGAGCAGCUCCGAGACAUUGCUGGCAUUGGCCUCAAGACCGUCCUGUCGGAGCUCCCCCCUGCAGCCACAGGCUCCGGCCUGGCCACCAGUGUGUGCCGGAAGAUCACCGGCCAGCUCACCAGUGCCAUCGCCCAACAGGAGGAUGUGGCUGUGCAGCUGGAAGCCCUGGACAUCCUCUCUGACAUGCUGAGCAGGCUGGGUGCACCCCUGGGCGCCUUCCACGCCAGCCUCCUGCACUGCCUGCUGCCGCAGCUGAGUAACCCGCGCCUGGCGGUGCGCAAGCGGGCGGUCGGGGCGCUUGGCCACCUGGCGGCCGCCUGCAGCACUGACCUCUUCGUGGAGCUCGCCGACCACCUUCUGGACCAGUUGCCUUGCCCGCGCACGCCCACCAGCCUCGCCGCUGUCCGCACCCUGAUCCAGUGUCUGGGCAGCGUGGGUCGUCAGGCAGGCCACCGCCUAGGGGCCCACCUGCACCACCUGGUGCCCUUGGUGGGAGAGUUCUGCAACCUGGAUGAUGAUGAGCUCCGGGAGUCCUGCCUCCAGGCCUUUGAGGCCUUCCUGAGGAAGUGCCCCAAGGAAAUGGGCCCUCACGUGUCCAAUGUGACCAGCCUCUGCCUCCAGUACAUGAAGUACGACCCCAACUAUAACUAUGACAGUGGUGAUGAUGAUGAGGAACAGAUGGAGACAGAGGACAGUGAAUUCAGUGAGCAAGAGAGUGAGGACGAAUACAGUGACGAUGAUGACAUGAGCUGGAAGGUGCGCCGGGCAGCAGCCAAGUGCAUGGCGGCCUUGAUUGGCUCACGGCCAGACCUGGUGCAUGACUUCCACCGCACCCUGGCGCCUGAGCUCAUCCACCGCUUCAAGGAGCGCGAGGAGAACGUCAAGGCCGAUGUCUUUGGAGCAUACAUUGUCCUGCUGCGGCAGACACGGCCUCCAAAGGGGUGGUUAGAGGCUGUCGAGGAGCCCACCCAGACCGGCAGCAACCUCCACAUGCUGCGGGGACAGGUGCCCCUUGUGAUUAAGGCCCUGCAGCGGCAGCUAAAAGAUCGGAGUGUCAGAGCCCGCCAGGGCUGCUUCAGCCUCCUCACCGAGCUGGCGAGUGUCCUCCCCGGCAGCCUGGCAGACCACAUGCCUGUGCUGGUAGCAGGCAUUGUCUUCUCGCUGGGUGACCGCUCCAGCUCCUCCACCAUUCGGAUGGACGCCCUGGCCUUCCUUCAGGGGCUGCUGGGGACGGAGCCGGCUGAGGCCUUCCACCCACACCUGCCCACUCUCCUGCCACCCGUGAUGGCCUGUGUGGCUGACCCUUUCUACAAGAUCGCAGCUGAGGCCCUGCUGGUGCUGCAGGAGCUGGUGCGGGCCAUGUGGCCACUGGACAGGCCUCGGGUGCUGAAUCCAGAACCAUACGUUGGAGAGAUGUCUGCGGCCACCCUGGCACGACUCCGUGCCACUGACCUGGACCAGGAGGUGAAGGAGCGGGCCAUCUCCUGCAUGGGCCACCUCGUGGGCCAUCUGGGUGACCGGCUCGGGGAUGACCUGGAGCCAUCGCUGUUGCUUCUCCUUGACCGUUUGCGGAAUGAGAUCACCCGGCUGCCUGCUGUCAAGGCACUGACACUGGUGGCCGUGUCUCCACUGCGGCUUGACCUGAAGCCCAUCUUGGCUGAAGCACUGCCCAUUCUGGCCUCGUUCUUGCGCAAGAACCAGCGGGCGCUGCGGCUGGCCACACUGGCUGCCCUGGAUGCCCUGGCCCAGAGCCAGGGACUCAACCUCCCGCCAUCUGCCGUACAGGCCGUGUUGGCUGAGCUGCCUGCCCUGGUCAGUGAGAGCGACAUGCAUGUGGCCCAGCUGGCUGUGGACUUCCUUGCCACAAUGACGCGGGCCCAGCCGGCCACUUUGGCUGAGGUCAGCGGCCCCGUGCUCUCAGAGCUGCUGCGCUUGCUGCGUUCACCCCUGCUGGCAGCAGGAGUGCUGACGGCAGUGGAAGGCUUCCUACAGGCCCUGGUGGGGGCCCGCCCCCCGUGCGUGGACUAUGCCGAGCUCAUCAACAUGCUCACUGCACCUGUUUAUGACCAGGCUCUGGACAGCGGGCCAGGCCUGCACAAGCAGGUGUUCCACUCGCUGGCUCGGUGUGUGGCAGCCCUUGCAGCUGCCUGUCCCCACCAGGCAGCAGGCACGGCAAACCGCCUGGUCUGUGAUGCCAGGUCACCCCACUCGAGCACGGGGGUCAAGGUUCUGGCAUUCCUGUCACUCGCUGAGGUGGGCCAGGUGGCUGGGCCAGGCCCACAGCGGGAGCUGAAGGCAGUGCUCCUGGAAGCCUUGCGGUCGCCCAGUGAGGACGUGAGGGCGGCUGCCUCCUAUGCGCUGGGCCGUGUGGGCGCGGGGAACCUGCCUGACUUCCUGCCCUUCCUGCUGGGGCAGAUUGAGGCUGAGCCCCCGCGGCAGUACCUGCUGCUGCACUCGCUCAGGGAGGCCCUGGGGGCGGCCCAGCCUGACAGCCUGAAGCCCUACGCUGAGGACAUCUGGGCCCUGCUGUUCCAGCGCUGUGAAGGUGCCGAGGAAGGCACCCGGGGGGUGGUGGCUGAGUGCAUUGGGAAGCUGGUCCUCGUGAACCCUCCGUUCCUUCUGCCCCGAUUCCGGAAGCAACUCGCUGCAGGCCGGCCACACACACGGAGCACUGUCAUCACAGCAGUCAAGUUCCUCAUCUCGGACCAGCCCAGUCCCAUUGACCCCCUCCUGAGGAGCUUCAUUGGAGAGUUCAUGGAGAGUCUGCGGGACCCAGACCUGAACGUGCGCCGGGCCACCCUGGCUUUCUUCAACUCUGCCGUGCACAACAAGCCCUCGCUGGUCCGGGACCUGCUGGACGACAUCCUGCCCCUCCUCUACCAGGAGACGAAGAUCCGCCGGGACCUCAUCCGGGAGGUGGAGAUGGGGCCCUUUAAGCACACAGUGGACGAUGGGCUAGACGUGCGGAAGGCGGCCUUUGAGUGCAUGUACUCGCUGCUUGAGAGCUGCCUGGGCCAGCUGGACAUCUGUGAGUUCCUGAACCACGUGGAGGACGGCCUGAAGGACCACUAUGACAUCCGGAUGCUGACCUUCAUCAUGCUCGCACGACUGGCUGCCCUGUGUCCUGCGCCUGUCCUGCAGAGGGUGGACCGACUCAUUGAGCCACUCAGGGCCACCUGUACCACCAAGGUCAAAGCCGGCUCUGUGAAGCAGGAGUUCGAGAAACAAGAUGAACUGAAGCGCUCUGCAAUGAGGGCAGUGGCCGCCCUGCUGACCAUCCCAGAAGUGGGGAAAAGCCCCAUCAUGGCAGACUUCUCUUCCCAAAUCCGAUCCAACCCUGAACUUGCCACCCUCUUUGAAAGCAUCCAGAAAGAUUCUGCUUCAGUACCCAGCACAGACUCAAUGGAGCUCAGCUAGUUCCCCCUCCUCCCAGCCCCUAGGGGGGGCCCUUGCUCAGAGGGGGCCCACCCAAGCCCAGGCCUCACCUUCCCACCAGCAGGCACAGGCCUUUCACCCUUCUGUCAUCUCAUAGCGGGGACUCCAGCUUCUGGCGGGGCUUAGAGUGCCUUUGCAGGGGACCUCUACUCAUAGGGCCCCAGCAGGAGUUGCAAAGGCUGCUAUCAGUUGAGCCCUUCAACUCAGGAGUCACUCAAAUCACAGAGUGUGUUUUCCACGCCUUCCACAUGAAGAUUGAUGUUGACUUCACACUAGUCAGUCUGGUUCUUUCAAACCGGCGAGUCCCGCCUCACUAAGUCGUACUUAGAAAUACUGUUGUGCUCACCACUGUAAAAGGUUAGGAGGCAGCGGGCUGGCCUUCCUGCCCACUGGCAUCCCAGAUUUGUCACUCACAUCACUCCCAUUUUUUCACUUCACUUGGUAUGAUCUGCCAAAGAUCAGUCCUUCGGCUGGGCAUCUUAAAAACUCAAAAUACUAUGGGUUACAUUGUUGAAUUCAAAAUGCUUUAUUUCUAAUUGGCAGUGAUAAAAUCAGAAAUUUGGUUUUCUGCAGGCAGAGGCAUGUAAGCUAAGGAAUUAGAGCUAAUGUUCCAUUUUCAAAACUAAUGGCAAACUGGGAAACAGCAAAGUACAAAUCACCUCAUGUCACCCCACCUAGGCAUAACCAGCUGGUCUGUGUCCUUCUCAGGAAGGCUUUGAACGUUUCUAGGUUUUAGUAUUGAGGACACAGAAAUAAGCAACAGGCCAAAGAACGUUCUGUGCUAUCCCAGAAUAAUAAAGGAGAAAACCUGAAUUGUUA